CCUUCUUUUCUUUCACACCCAGAAAACCCUCGUCAAAAUAUUAAGGGAUAUUAUAGCCAACUUCUUCUUCUUCUCUCUCUCUCUCCAAAACCUCAGUUUCUCUAAGCUCAGAGAACACCUUUUUUUCUUUCUUUCUUUGACCAAAAAUGGAGUCCCUCGACCCGGAGGCCUAUUUCGACGGACUUUUGAACUUUUCCGACGACGAAGGAGAUAAAAUUAGCAGAGACAUAUCGCUAAGGAGUAAUGAGCUUUCGAACUCGUUCGGUUCAGGUCGGCCUUUUCAUUUUGAUGACAUAGGGAAGGAAGAGGAAGAACUAGAAUGGAUAUCAAACAAAGAUUCGUUCCCGGCGGUGGAAUCGUUAGCAGACAUUCUCUCCGACCACCCGGGCAGCGGCGUCGCAUCCCUGAAGCUGCACAGCCCGGUGUCGGUGUUGGAAGGAGAAGGCAGCGGAAGCAGCAGCAGCAAUGACAGCAAUAACACCAACACCAGCGCAACGACACUAACCAGCUGCUUCGGCGGCCUGAAACCGCCGCGCAGAGCCCGCAGCAAGCGCCGGUGCAGGCGUCGCCGGGGGAGUUACUUUGAUCUGACGGGCAAGCAGCAGUGUCUGAGCAUCAAACACUGCGGUGAUAGGUAUAUUGACACUGUCAAAGCCGAGAAGGCGAAGGAGAAAGCAGCAGCUACUAAGAAAAAAACAAUGAAAUCGUCGACGAUGAUGAUGAUGACGACGGCGAAGAUGAUGACGACGACAAUAACAGGGAGAAAGUGCCAGCAUUGUGGGGCUGAGAAGACCCCACAGUGGCGGGCAGGGCCGUACGGACCUAAAACGCUCUGUAAUGCAUGUGGGGUUCGUUACAAAUCGGGGAGGCUGGUGCCGGAGUACAGGCCGGCGAGCAGCCCGAGUUUUUCGAGCGAGUUGCAUUCGAAUUCGCACAGGAAGAUAAUAGAGAUGAGGAAAGUGAAAAACAUGGUGGGGAUGGUACUGAAUAAUCCUGCCGAGUCUGGAUAACGUGUACUAGUAAUAUAGUAGUGUAAUAUUGGUUAGCACUGGCAGUUUUUUCUUCUUCUUCUUCUUCUUAUUUUAUUGGUCAAAGUUCUAGUUAGGAUUAGUGUGUUCUUUUGUAUUGGAUUAGAUUAUUUUUAGUUCAGUUCUUUGUUUUUUCUUC